UUCGGAAUUUAGGUUUCUGCUGUUGCAUUGAAGUUCGAAGAUUUAGACUUUCAGUAGUCCAAACAAUAUAUUUAUCAUGACUGACAGUAGCUUUGAUGUAGAGAAGUAUAAAACCUUUUACGAAUGUGACGAGCACUGGGAAUUGCGAAAAAUGUUCAUGGAACGACACAAGGAUCGGUUCCCGGAAGAUGAACUAGUUUGUCUGGCUCAAGUUUUCACUAAUGUGGAAUUCCUAGGUUGCCGAUACCCAGCAGAAACCAUGACAUUGAUAGCGGAAUUAUCCAAAGACGUUGCUGCAGAGUUUCGACAAUCGAGGGAGAACAAACUGAAACGGACUUUCGUGGCCGCAUCGGAUGCUGCUGCUGCUAGAUAUGCUAAGAAGUAGAUCAGACAAGGAAACAUUUUAUAGGAUAUCGAAUAAUGUGUUUGAUAAAACGGCGAUUUAUUUUAAAUACUGCACAUUUAUUUUUAAUCAUUAAAUUCAAUGAUUCUAGGAUAAUUUAAUGACAUAUUUUGUAUAUAAGUUGU